AUGGGAACGACUGGACAGACAACUGGUAAUCAAUUAUUACAAGCAAUGCAGACAACACUCACGCGUUGGGAUGAUUUGGGACAACAGAUUACAGGACAGGUAUCGUCUCGAUUGGAAAGUAUGGAAAAUCAAUUACACGAUUUGGCCAAACAGUUUAGACUCAAUCUCUUUAAUAACACCAACAAGAAUAACACAACUCAUGCCAUCAAAACUUCAAAUUAA